GACCUUUCCAAGGUGUAUCCUAGGAAUCUCCCUAGGUAUAAUUUAAUAAUAGGAUUUCCUUAAAUCCUAGGUAUUGAUUUUUUUAAUGCUGCUUAGGUGGCAUUGAUGGCAGAGACAGGAUUGAUCAGUACGACCAUGGAUACGAUUAGCAGUAACACUAGCAACAUGAACAAUAUAGAGUGCCUAUGGCAGACAGCUACACAGCUAGAAAGAAGCCUAUAUUUCGACAAUAAUGAUGGAAUUGGUUUUGAUGAAGCAGAAAAUUCAACCAUAGAAAUAAAAUCUUUUUGCCAACCUAUGCAUGCUUUAAGUCCUUCAAUGGAAAACAUCCAUGACUUCAAUUCUUGUGGGUCUGGAUCAGGGAUGUCGGAAGAACAAUACCCAUCUCAUUUACGAGAGUCAGCUUCUGUUAGUGACAAAGAUAGUGUGGCUGCUAUGAAGGUGAAGGCUGAUGCAUAUGCAAAUGUGAGGGCCGUUCGGAAGAUGAGGAGGAAAAUGGCAAAGUUUAGACGAAUUGGUGCCAGAGGUCUGCUUGAAACUACCCCAAGGCAAGGUUAUGAGACUACAACAUCUCAAAUUUCAACGCCUUGUGUUCCUAACAGUGGUUCUCGUCCAAUUGAAUCCCUCAAGUUGCAGGGAGGUCUUGAUUCUGCUCAUGAUAACCCUGAUUGCGAGGAAAUGGAGUUUAAACACAAGAAUUUAAAACUUCUUCUACAAAAGGAGUUACGAAACAGUGAUAUAAGCCCUCUUGGAAGGAUGGUGCUGCCUAAGAAAGAAGCAGAAGCGAAUCUUCCAAUUCUAACUGCAAAAGAAGGAAUACAAAUAUGUAUGGAGGAGAUACAUUCAUGUCAAACAUGGAACUUCAAGUACAGGUAUUGGCCAAACAACAAGAGUAGAAUGUAUAUCAUGGAAAAUACUAGAGAAUUUGUCAAAGCACAUGGUCUUGAACCAGGAGAUUUUGUCAUGCUCUACAAAGAUGAAAUAAAUGACAAAUAUAUAAUUAUAGCCAAAAAGGCUCGAAGCCAGUUGACAGCAAGCGAUUCAAUUGAUAGAACUAACCUUUGCUUAUCCUCUACAUUGCUUGAGGAUGGGAGCAUGCAUCAAUCAACAAAUGAUAAAGACAACAAGAUUAGAAGACAUGAUCAGGAUUUUAGGGUAGAAUGUUCAAAUCACAAAAGAGAAACUCAUCAAGCUAUUGAAAGAAGCUGGUCAAGUGUCAUGCAGGAAGGUUAAAUAACUUGAAGUUAACUAAAAUUUUCAAAACAAGAAAAACGAGAAGAGAAGUCAUUAAUAUGCAGAUGUGAAUAAUUUCCUCAGAAGAUCAUGGGCCAAGUUAGACCUUGCACUAAGGUGAACAGAUCAAUCUGAUAGGAUGUAUCAAUCCGCAUUGUUAUGUCAAAUUCCUUCAACAAUACAGGAAAAGUACAUUAGCAACAUUAACUCUGUUCAUGGAUGUAUGUGUGCACUAAAUUAUUAACAACUUUAAGGUCCAACUGAAAGUGAAAUUCUGUGGGAUGCUAAUGAAUGAGCUAAUAGGAGGUUUGGCAAGAACAAAGACAGUUUUUUGAGCUUUUUGCAACUACCUUGGGCACGGUAAUGAUUCCCCAUUGAUAGUUCACACUCAAUUACAUGUUGCUAACCAUUGUUCUGUAAAAUAUGUUAAAGGUCAAGAUAUCAAGAUUAUUUAUUUCAUUUUA